AUGCCGACCGCCAAAGCUUUCAGUCAGGUUCCCCCUUUCCCAGACGAUGUUCCCGUGUAUGAACUUCCGCGCUUGUCAUUGCGCAAGUUAAUCUCAAACGAUGCAGAGCAGUCAAAGGAGCUUUUCAAAUCGUUUCGUGAGCAUGGGUUCGCCCUUCUUGACAUGCAGGGCUGCCAUGAGGGAGAAUCAUUGUUGAAGGAAGCAGAGAAGAUGUUUGAGAUCACUCGGGAUGUAACAAUUGGCUUGGAUAUUGAGGAGAAGAUGAAAUAUGUUCCUACCCCACCUGUCAUCUUUGGAUACAGCCGUCAGGGUGCUACGAAGACCGAAGCUGGCCUUCCUGACAGAUUCGAAUCAUUCAGUGUCAACCAAGAUGACAUAUUUUCCAACAUACCCGAAUGUCCGAAUCCGGAACCCAUCCAGAAGAACCGUAAAAGCAUCAAGUCGUACAUCAGCAAAGCACAUCGCAUCGGAGAACUUAUCAUGAAUCAGUUAGACGACCACCUGCGUCUCCCAAAAGGCUCUCUUGGCUCCCUCCAACGUCUAGAUCGAGUUUCUGGGUCCACGCUCCGCAUGCUUCGUUAUCCGCCGCAGCCAGAAGGAGACCGCCGAACGGCGUUUCUUGGUCACACUGAUAUCGGCACUAUCACCAUUCUAUUUAACGUUCUUGGGGGUCUCCAGAUCUUGCCCCCUGGGCUCGAAGCCCUGGAGCAGAAUUGGAGAUAUGUUCGGCCGGAGCCUGGAUGCGCGAUCAUCAACCUCGGAGACGCCAUGGUCGAGUGGAGUGGAGGCAUCCUGAGAUCCAACCUUCAUCGUGUGUACUUUGCCCCUGGAGAUCAAGCUGUGCAUGAAAGGUACAGCUUAGCAUACGCAGUCCGGCCAGAGGGGAUUGUGCCGAUGAAGAGGCUUGCGAUGGAGGGAAGUGCAGUCCCAGAUCUGGAAGAAGGUGAAGAAGAUCUUGAUUGUACUGCAAAUGAGUGGUUGGCGAGAAAGGGGGCAGCUAUUCGCGCUGGCAAAGACAAUGCUAGGAGCAGGGGCGGGAGAGCACUUGAGGUUUACUGA